UGUAAUUCCUUCUCUUUAUUCCUUCUGUUUUCUGUUAUUUGCUGUUGGUUUUCUUUAGUUACUGUUUGGAAUUUAUGUGUGUUUGAGAAGUGAUGAUAAUAUGAUGGAAUGCCUUUCACUAAACUUGAGAAUUGUCGAAUUUUGUCUGUUCUUAACAUGAAUUGGUCCUUUUAGAAUCAUGUGAGUGACAUUGAUUGAAACCGGAGAAAUAUAUUCAUUGGAAGAGAAUUAAUUUUCAAGUUAUUUGAGUCACUUGGAGCCUCUCUCUUGUUUGGGAGUGAAACUGAAAUGGUUAAAAUGGCUCAAAAACUUGCUUUUAACCCUUCAAAAUCAAUUUUAAUGGUAUGAAUAUCACGUUUAAAAAUGAAACGUUAAAUUUUUUAAUGGUCAAAGGGAGCAAACUAGUCGUAACUGAUAUGUACUCCCUUCUCCAGGUUGGAGAUUUCAUUACCCAUUAUCUCAAGUUGUACAAGAAAAAGUUGAUUUUGAAUGAUUAAAGAAAGAGAAAGACAUGUUUCAGAAUGAUUUUAAAUAUGACAAAAGUGACUUUAGCAAUUUCAAAAUCUCUCCUAAACAUAUAAACAAGCCUAAACCAACCGAACUUUUUCAAGGCCUAUCUUCAUCUCUUCCCUCAUAGCUAUUAGAUAAAACAAACUGUUAUUCUGGUAGUUAGUUUAAAGAUAAUUUGUUUAUCAGUUAUUAGUUUGUCUCACUAAAGUUGUAUAAAUACCAUUAAAUAGGGAAAAUAUGAAUAUCAGGCCCAUUUUUUUUUCUCCCAUUGUGCAACUUUAAUAUGGUAUCAGAAGUUUAGUUUUUUUCCGCCUCUUUUUCCCCUUUGCGUGCCAAAACUAUGACUUCCAACCCCAACCUUCUUAUUCCUGAAGAUCCUCCCCUUCCUCAACAUUCGACAGUCUCUCCGACGAUCCCUCCAUCAUCUUCUGCCAAUAACCUACCAAAUACCUCUUGCAAUACUCAUCAGGAGCAAUAUGCCUCCUCCAACAGCCCCUACAUCCUUAACCAUAGCGAUACAUCAAAUCUUAUCCUCGUCACAGAGCUAGUUACUGACAAUAACUAUGUCAUAUGGAGCCGUUCCAUGGUUCUUGCUGUAUCAAUUCAAAAUAAGCUUGGGUUCAUUGAUGUAUUGAUUACCAAACCUGCCGGUGAGUUGCUCCCUCUAUGGAUUUGGAACAAUAAUGUAGUAAUUGCUUGGAUUCUAAACUCUACUUCCAAGGGAAUUUUGUCAAGCAUUCUGUUUACACAAUCCGCUCGAGCUACAUGGAUUGACCUUCAAGAUUGUUUUCAAAAAAGAAAUGGUCCACGGAUUUUCCAGUUGAAGUGUGGCCUAUCUACUCUCAAGCAAGAUCAAGAAUCUGUAACAAUGUAUUUCGCCAAUAUUAAGAGCCUAUGGGAUGAAUAUGCUUCCUAUCACCCAGGUUGUACUUGUGGCAAAUGUGCCUGCAGCGGCACUAAAUCCGUUGAAGACUUCGUGAAUUUUGAAUGUCUCAUGUACUAUCUAAUGGGAUUGAAUGAUGACUUUAAUCAUGCCUGUUCACAAGUUCUUAUCAUGGAUCCUCCACCGGCAAUCAAUAAAGCUUUUUCUUUAAUAGUCCAGCAAGAGUAGCACCAAUCCACCUCAAAACCUCCUUUACCUUAGUCGUUCAAAAACCCAACCCACCUCAACAUUAUACACAACCAUAGCAGAACUCCAAUCAGAACUCUUCUCCAACUCACAACAGACUAAACAAGAACUGACCGAUUUGGACUUACUGCCAUUUAUUUGGACAUACCAUAGACAAAUGUUACAAACUUCAUGGCUUUCCCCAGGCUACAAACCGAAGAACAGAUCAAACAACCAAGUGCACAAAACUCCAUCAAACAAACCAUCUGCCAAUACUAAUGCCGUAGAAAUUAACAAAUAUCACCUGGAUCAAGUACCCUGCUGGACAACGAGACACUCACUCAAUGCCGCUACUCAUAUUGCAGGCAAGAUCCAUUUGAAGAAGAUUGACAGGAAUAAACUACAUGAUGGACUAUAUAUCAUUGAGCAUCCCUGACAAGUUGUUGAUCCUUUACAUUCCUCAUCUUCUAUUAAUGCAGUAUCUCGUGCAACUCCUGAUGUUUGGCAUACAAGACUUGGACACCCUUCUAUCUUCUGCUUGUUUAUCCUAAAAGAUGUGUUGUUUCUUGAUUCUUCUAUGUUAAUAAGACUCAUUUGUGUGAAAUGUGUCCAUCAGCGAAACAGAAAAGAUUGUCUUUUGAAUCAAACAAUAAUAGAACUUCUACUAAUUUUGACA